CCCUCCUGCAGGCCUUUAGAGUGCUCAGCGACGAUGACUGGGAGAAGAAGAUCAAGGCCCUGAUCUCCAUCAGGUCUCUGGCUCAGCACCACUCUGAAGUGCUGCUGCCCAGGCUGCAUGACGUCUGUCUGGCCGUCAAUAAAGAGGUGAGGCACCUGCGCUCUGCCGUAUCCUGUGCUGCCAUGGUGACGCUGGCCCACCUGUUUGCUCACCUGGGGCAGGACAUGGAUGCAGAGGCCGAGGGUGCAGCCCGAACACUGCUGCCGAAGGCUGGAGAGUCCGGCAGCUUUGUAAAGGACAUGGACCUGGCCCUGGGGUACAUGGUGUAUAGCAUCACCCCCAUCCGCAGCAUGAACGCUCUGAUCAACGGAGGACUCAGCCACAAACAUACAGCCGUGAGGAAGAGCACUGCACGGCACCUGGAGAAAGUGACAGAGGUCAUGGGGGCAGCUUAUCUCCUGUCUGGUAAAAAGGACCCGAGUCUGACUGCCCGCUUCAUCCAAGUUGCCAGCUGCCUUGCCCUUGACCACGCACUGGAAGUCAGGAAUCAGGCCCGUAACAUUUUCUCUGUAGUGGCCUCCCAUCCUGACCUCAUCAAGAUGGUGGAGAGGUUCGCCCCUCUGAGCGAUCAAAUCCGCAUCAAGGACUUCAUUAACACAUGCCAGAAAAGGUAGACUGGACACACAUCACACUAUCGUUAAACAC